AUGUCACCUUUCUUAUUAACACUAAAAUAAACAUUUUCCAAAUUAAGUGCAAUAUUGUAAAUAAGAGGAAAAGUGAUUGCAAAAUAAACAUAGUGGAAAAAGGAAUUCCACUUUUCUCAUGUUCCAUAAACUUUCCUCUAAGCCACAUAAUAUUCUACUGCCCCACAUUUGCCAAAUUGUUAUACUGCUACAUAUAAUGCAAUCCUAUAACCACUCGACACAAUCUCCUCAAGUUUAUUCACUCCUUAAAAACCAUAACAACACCAAAGGCCCAAGAAGAGAGAAACAAACUCAAACAAAAAAAAAACAGAGCAAAACAGAGAAAAACAGAGCCAUGGUUUUAUCAUCCCAAUCCCAAACAGAACUACCCUUAAACGAAAACGAUUCACAAGACAUGGUAAUAUACCAAGUCUUACACGAGGCCAAUGCUCUAACCAACACAUUUCUCCCACAAAGAAACCACCAUCAUCAAGCUCUGAGUGCCUUAGAACCCACAAAAGCUAUCACCAAGAAACACUACAGAGGAGUUCGGCGUCGUCCGUGGGGGAAAUACGCGGCGGAGAUUCGCGACUCGGCUCGUCAUGGUACAAGAAUCUGGCUUGGAACUUUUCAAACGGCUGAAGAAGCUGCUAUGGCUUAUGACAGAGCUGCUUUCGAAAUGAGAGGUUCAAAGGCUUUGCUUAAUUUCCCAGCUGAAACUGUUGCUGCAGCUUCCAUGAAAAUGGAAUUUCCUGUUUCUAAACUCAACUUGAAUAAUCCUAAUCCUAAUCCUAAUCAUGAUUCAUCGCAAAAUUGAAUUGGGUUUUCUUUGUAUUUGUAUACUAGAGUAACCAGACAGAGGAACAUGAAAAGAAUGAAGAUUUAUUGAAUGUGAUAGUGAACUAAGAUCAUAAAUAUGUUAUAAAUGUCUUGAUUUUUUUCUUUCUUUUUUGUUGUGUCUUGUUUUGUUUUGUUUAAUGUUAACGUUCUUUGUUGGUAA